AUGAAUGAGCGCACGCCUCUCAUUCAGACCGUGGUGGUCACCCGGCCACAGCGGCGAUUCCCCCACUCGACGUUCCGCCGCUUCUGUACAAUCGCUCUGUUCUCAUGCCUGACACUGGCUGUCAUUGGCCUUCUGAUACCAUGGACUAUAGUCACAGGUCAUCGCAACCAUCCCGGGCGCAGACCCCACCAUGGCAACUCUUCGAGACCGCAGCUCGACUCUCAAACAGCUGGCUUGAGCUUCGCUGACCUCAAGGACAUCAUCGUGACUACCCCUGACCCCGAGCAGGCUCGCAAGUGGAGCAAAUACUAUACAUCUGGCCCCCAUCUGGCUGGGAAGAAUCUCACCCAGGCGCUCUGGACACGAGAAAGAUGGCAAGAGUUUGGCAUCAACUCCGAGAUUGCCACAUACGAGACGUACUUGACGUACCCACUCGAUCAUAGGCUGGCUCUGCUGGACGGAGACAAGGUGGCAUACGAGUGUUCGCUGAAAGAGGAUGUCCUGGACGAGGAUCCAACUGCACAUCCGGACAUCCCUACCUUCCAUGGCUAUUCCGCCAGUGGCAAUGUCACGGGACAAUAUGUCUACGUCAACUUCGGUACAGUCUACGACUUCGAUGACCUUGUCAAAGCUGGGAUUGAGCUCAAAGGCAAAAUCGCUCUCGCCAAGUACGGUCGCGUGUUCCGUGGCUUGAAGGUGAAGAGAGCACAGGAGCUAGGCAUGAUCGGUGUAGUCAUGUAUGACGAUCCACAGAUGGAUGGAGAGAUGACCGAGGCCAAUGGCCACAAGCCUUAUCCGGCUGGACCUGCGAGAAAUCCGAGCAGUGUCCAGAGAGGAAGUGUGCAAUUUCUCAGUUCGCUUCCUGGAGACCCGACUACGCCAGGCUACCCAUCCAAGCCCGGCGUCCCGCGGGUCGACCCACAUCUGUCAACGCCACAGAUCCCAUCUCUACCGAUAUCCCUUCAACAAAUACUGGCAAGGCGGCGGCCUAGCUACAAAGGCGUUGACUACAACAUCGGGCCCUCCAAUCUAACCCUCAACCUCUACAACCAACAAGAAUACAUCAUCACUCCCCUCUGGAAUGUGAUCGGCAUCGUCAACGGCUCCAUCCCCGACGAAGUGAUUGUAGUCGGCAACCACCGCGACGCCUGGAUUGCAGGCGGCGCCGGCGACCCCAACUCCGGCUCCGCCGUCCUCAACGAAGUCAUCCGCUCCAUCGGCGCCGCCCUGUCCCUUGGCUGGAAGCCCCUCCGCACAAUCGUCUUCGCCAGCUGGGACGGCGAGGAAUACGGCCUCGUCGGCAGCACAGAAUGGGUCGAGGAGUUCCUGCCUUGGCUCUCCGCCAGCGCCAUCGCGUAUCUCAACGUCGACGUCGGUGCACGCGGCGACCGCUUCGACGUCGCUGCCUCACCUUUACUCAACACGCUGAUCUACAACGCCACCAGCUCCAUCACAUCCCCGCUAAACCACAGCAGAUCAAUUCGCGACACAUGGGACGGCGCAAUCCGAACAAUGGGCUCCGGCUCCGACUUCACCGCCUUCCAAGACUUCGCGGGCAUCGCGUCCAUCGAUUUCGGCUACGCCAAUGGUCCCGAGGACCCCGGUUUUGGCGAUCCGGGCUGGAAGCACCACACCACCAUGGCGCAGUUGUUGGGGCUGUUCACCAUCACCCUUUCGGAAACUCCCAUCAUCCCGCUCAACGUCACAGAUUAUGCCUUCGCGCUGGAGAAAUAUCUCGCCAGCGUCAAGAAAUCUGCCUCAACAUCCUCAAUUGGGCAUAAAUUCAGCUUCAAGAGCUUGGACAAAGCAAUCACAGCCUUCCAAUCCACCGCUGAGAAGUUUGAUGCGUAUGCUGUCGAGUUAGCAGGCCGUGUUGCCGAGGCGGGCGAUAUCCCGUGGUGGAAGUUCUGGAAGAAGGUCAAGCUGUACUAUGAAGUGCGCAAAGCGAACUCAAAGAUCAAGUUAUUGGAACGACGGUUCUUGUAUGUCAAAGGUCUCGACGAAAGGAAUUGGUUCAAGCACGUCAUAUUUGCGCCGGGACGCUGGACGGGGUAUGCAGGCGCCACGUUUCCGGGGUUGGUGGAGAGCUUUGAGGAUGGUGAUCUGAAGAAUGCGAGGAAGUGGGCUGAGAUCAUUGAGGCCACGAUUAAGGCUGCACAGACGAGUCUGGAGUGA